AUGGGUGAAAGGGUUCAGACGGCGUCCAUGGAGCAUCUCCUUGCUUCUGUCGCGCCACCAAGCCAAUGUUUUUGGCACGCCCUACUUUGGGACGAGAAUCGCGCUGUGCAAGGGCAAUCCAUUGCAAAACUUUACGAUGGCGACAACUCGCAUUCGAUUUCCUUCACGGUUGACCACUUGGACGAGUUGAACAAGUUCAAGGCCCUCGUGGUCGGAGAUGGCGGCAUCUUCAACAACGCCAAGCUCAGGCACGCUCCCGCGGAGGUCAACACACUCUUGGAAUGUCUAACGCUACCGAUCGUCGUCAUGAUGAGCGCUUCCAGGGACCCGGUCCUAAUUGACGAGAUGUUGACCGACACGGAGGGCACGAGCUGGAAGCAGAGCGAAGUGUCCUCUCCUACUCCCGUAUGCUUGGAAUUUUCAGGUGAGCACCAGCAGCCGCUUUGCUUCGUCCUACCAGCUUCGAGCACGCAUACCAAUGUGGGGAUGCAUCAAAAGCUACUGGGCCAAGUGGUAAGACGUGGGGAAGUUUUCAUCAACGUGUUCCAGGAACACCAGAGAGCGACCGAGGAGCAGGACUACCCCGGCGAAAUCCUGCGAAUCCUCGACCCGACGGAAUUCAUGGGACGUUUGUGCUCCUGCCGUGCGAUCGUCUCGACCCGACUUGAUGGGGCUCUCCUUGGCCUCCAUAUGGGAGUUCCUAACUUCGGCGGCUUUGGGAGCAAGGUCCGCAGCGACGAGGCUCGCGAACUCAUGGUCGACAUCAUGCACCUGCCCGAACACUCUAUCGCCAUCGACGAGAGACUCACUCGGGAGGCCGUGGAUCUGCAGGUGGAGACGGUACGGAGGGCCUACGCCGACCAAAACCGUCGCGCUUUAAUUCACGCUCGGCUGUCGGCGAUUUCGGAAGACGUUCGGCGCCAGACGCGCCACGUACUCUUCGACAUUGUUGGCGUGCAGGAGCAGGAGCAACAGGAAGACGAUAAUCAAGACGACAAACGGCAAACCCAAGAGGCCUUGGCCACGGCAACUGGGACAUCAAUCAAGGCGGCGAAGGCAUUAUCGGCAUCACGAGCGGUGGAGCGUCUCGUUUUCUUGAGCAUGCUGUCGUCAGCUGAUGAGACCGACGACGAGAGUGCGAGGCUCGGUGUGAUGCCUGAGAACAGCCCGACAGUCGAUACCGCAGUGAAACCAGGUCUUCCUUCACUGGCAGCCGUUUCUCGCUCGAAGCCACAUGCAUCGAAGCGAGCCUUUUACUCUGUCGCAAGACCGACAGUUCGAGAGGAAAUGGAGGUUUCGCAGAGUCAAGUACUGAUGUCACAUCAUCGUGGACGCGUUGAGCCAGCGUCGGCUGGCGCCGGGACUAAAGUCUCCGACACGUUAUCUGGUACGAGUGAAGAACCCGCGGAUCACGAUCUCGUACGUGAAGCAGGGCAGCGGAUUUCGACCUCGGGGGCUGCAUCCGGGCUAGGAGUGGUCACUGUCACCGGCGAAAGUGUGUCAACGCCGAUGCUGACGAUCAGAAGAUCGUCAGUGGCCGAGGCCACGGGAGGAACCUCGUCGGUCAAGCUGUUCAAAGAUGACUUCAUCGCUGUGGUGCUCUUCAUCCUACUUAUUGUAGGGUUAGUCUUGCUGCCGUCAAGAGGUCUUCCUGGACGGCAAUGUCACGGCACGCUCGUGACAGCAAACGCAGGUUUUGUUGGACAGGACAGCAUCGACAUGGAACUCGGCUCGUGCACCAGCAGUGAUUCCGAAGUGAGCGUCGUAUCUGAAUGGACACUGCCGAGCCCAGUGAGGUCGACUGUUGACGCCACGUCUUCCGUGAUCUUCCUUGUGCUCAACUUCACGAUAUGGAUGUUUCUGGCCGUGGGCUUCAGCGGGUACUGCAUGACAUACCUUAGCCACACUCACGACCCGGUCGGGCUCCUCACUUUGCAGGGAGCGACCGGCGUUACGAUCUUGCUAUUACUUGGAUUCGUCGCGGGGCUGGGCUUCAGUCCAGGACUAGGCUUGACCCCGGCCGCAAACUGUCAGGUUGGAUGCGUAGCCGAGCGCCAGACCAGAUUGGCGGCCCUUUUGCACGUUGGGCAGACGCUGCUGACCAACGGCGCCGUCCUCGUUGGCGGAGUUGAUGCGACGAACGCCCUGAGUGCGGCGACAGAGCCUGUCACCGCUACGGUCUUAUCAUACCUGCUGCUCGGCAAGACUUGCUCCGGUCUUCGAUUGGCCGCGCUCACGACGAUCGUGGCAGGCGCACUUUUUCUGGUGUUCGAGUGGAAGAAUGACCAUGGCGGCGGCGGCAGUAGCGGUAGCAGCUGUUCAAAUUCCCUGGCUGUCCUCACCAUGACGGCCGCGUGUUUCAGCGCCCUGCGAAACGCCGCUAUCAAAGGUAGCCCAGUUCCUCCACCCCACCAGACUCUCCUCGCCUGCAGUGUAGCUGCGACGGUCGUCGGUGUCGGAAUCAUGCUGGUAAGGAUGAUGUCCAGGAGAAUGGACCUUCUACAGAGGACAGGUCCAGACAGUACGUUAAGAAUAAUCGAGAGUGGUGGUGGUGGUGACGAAAACAGCAGCAACCACGAGUUCUCCACUAGCUGGCUGCGAAUGGACGGCGUGAACGCCGCUCUCUGCAUCGUCGGUUGUAACCUGGCCUCGUUCAACCUUUUGGCCCGCCUCAGCCUUAUUGACCAUGCCAUAGGCAGCUCCUGCAAGCGAAUGCUCGUGUUCACGGCGGAGCUAUUUGUCCUGGGAAAGGCGAUGACCGUCUGGCAGCUGGGCGGCACAGUGGUGACCUUUUUCGGAGUGCUGGCGUACAACAUCGCGGGCAUCGGUGAAAACCGAUUUACCCGCGGAUGA